AUGUCAUUUGGGUUCUCCAUCGGCGAUAUAAUCCUCUGCGCCCAGAUAGCCCACCGCCUCUUCUCAUCCGUGACUGACGGACGCAAAAACGCGCCCCGAGACCUCAAAGAGCUCGAGGACGUGCUGUUUGGUCUAUGCUGCGCCCUCGACCAUCUCCAACGCGAGCAUGAGUCUAUCUUGAUCAAUACUACGUCUCAGCCCGGGAAUGGUGCUGUGCAGCACCUCGGAUCGAUGAUCAACUCCUGCCGGACGACUCUCGAGCAGCUUAACAAUGCCACAGUCAAGUACCGAGAGGCUGCAGACGACCCUCCCAGCGCACCGCCCUUUGCUCAGGGCAUAGGCGCCCUUCGGACCCAGGUCAAGGUUCAGAUGAGGAGAGUCGUGUGGGACCUCCGAGGCGACUCCUUAGCCAAGUACCGGCAAAAGCUCCAGGCCCAUACGGAUUCAAUCAACAUUCUUCUCAGUACUUUUAUAUGGCUAGACAAUAUUGUGCAGCAAGCUUCGCAAAUCAACAGCAACGUAUCCCAGCUAGUGCAGUGUCUGCUUGCCAACAAUAGAGCACCUUUGACGUCUCAGCACCACUUUCAGCACCACAAUAACAAUAAGACCAUCGAGUCAUUCAGCGCGGCAGUUACGACAAUCCCUCUACGACUAGAGCGAGCGCAAGAAGGGGGACCUCUCCCCCGAGCACUGCCGUCGCCAGCGCCAUCAGUCUGGCCAGACGAGCAAUCCUUUCAUCUCCCCAAGAGGAUCCAAACCGUUAACGAGGCGAGGAAGAUCAUCGGGGCCAAAGAACUCGAAGCGCGUCGGAGGCAACUAGACGCGAAAUCAUCGGCAUCAGCCCAACAACAACACAAGAGACAACACCUUACAGCCAGCAAGAGCGUCGAUUCCAUCCAACAGCUCAGCCACCAAAUUGAGCAUAUAUUCCAGACGUUACAAGUACCCGUAGCCUCACGGAUAGUUACGAAUAAUGGCGAGCAGACUGACAUCGUAGCUUGGGUGUUCAGUCUGGGGACCGUCUUAGAAGAGUUGCAAGCUUCGCCUCCGGUGUUUGAUAAACAGGAGCUAAACAUGAUCGUGAGCCAGCUGGCACAAUUGCUCGUGAAGAUGAACUUGUUGCUAGAACAGAGCGAGGCGCUGAACCGCGGUGUGUUUUAUGAUGCGAGCGGGUCUCAUAUUGACAGGGUCUUUACUAAGUUGAGGAGUCUGUCGACUGUCUGUGAGAAAGAAAUUGAGGAGUUUGAAGAUGAGCGGGAGGACUGGAGAGACAGUGGAUGA